GCAUCUCUGUCUUCUUCUCUCAUACUACCGUUCAAUCCGUGUGAACGUGUGAAAGAACAAUGUCGCUCGUUUAUAAAAAUACGAUGAACACGAUUGGCAAGUUCGUGCCUGCGAAGUUCCAGCCACUGUGGAAUCACCCAGCUGGUCCGCAGACAAUAUUCUUCUGGGCACCGGCUUUUAAAUGGGGCCUCGUGAUGGCUGGCCUCGGUGAUCUGCAGAGGCCGGCGAGUCAGAUCUCUAUCAGCCAAUCGACUGCUUUGGGUAUCACCGGUGUAAUCUGGACCAGAUACUCCUUAGCGAUUACUCCGAAAAACUGGAGCCUCUUCAGCGUAAAUCUGUUCGUCGCGAUAACGUCUCUGUACCAAGUCAGCCGAGGAAUAAUGUAUCAACGCGAACAACAGGCCGCUGUACAGGCAGCAGCGUCGGCAAAAUAGCGACUAUAUAAAUAAUACACAUUCCUAGGUAUAUAAAUACUAAAUGUAUAUACUUCGAAUAUCGAGAAUAAUUUAGCGACUUGCGUUACACGAUUCCAAACGAAUGCAAAUUUAAAAAGACAACGCAGGUUCAUAGGCAAUUCUUGAUCGAAUUUUUACCACACGUCGAAACUCCGCUAGUAAAAUUGAUCAGACGAUUAGACUCUAGGAAUCGGAAAUACACAAUUAUAUUAAUAUCAGGAAACAAGGGAUUCAAGUAUGAAAAGGGAUGAAACUGUAAUAUAAACGACUUCGAUUUAAAAACGCUACAAAAUGUUCGUAUUAGGCUGUGAUGUCGAACAUAAGGUGCUGUUCGUAUCCUUGCUCCAAUAGUGAUUCAUGAAUUUAAUAUCUUCAACACUUGACUACCAAAAUGUACGCAUAAAUCAUGAUUCCAGAAAGCAGUACAACAUUUAAGGGCAUACAUAUGUAUCGUAAACCAAAAUGCCAAUCGAUGGUACGUCAGUUCGUAGUAACAUAGUCAUAGCGUAAAA